AUGACUUUGAAGGUGUUAACCGCCACAAUAUCGACCUUCGAUUCUGUGUUUGAGAAGUUCCGAUCAGAGGCUCCUCAAAACAGAGCAAACCUCGUUCUCUUCUUGGCUGAUAAUGACCCUUCUACCUCUCUCAGCUGGUGCCCUGACUGUGUGAGAGCUGAGCCAGUGAUUUUCAAGAAGCUAGAGGCUUCACCUAAUGAGAUUGCACUUUUGAAAGCUUAUGUUGGAGACAGACCAACAUGGAGGAACCCACACCAUCCAUGGAGGGUGGAUCCUAGGUUCAAGCUCACUGGUGUGCCAACGUUGAUCCGUUGGGAGAAUGAUGCUGUCACAGGUCGCCUCGAGGAUCAUGAAGCUCAUCGUGAGAACAAAAUUGAAGCUCUUGUUGCUGACAAAUGA